AUGGGGAGAGGAAAGGUGGUUUUGGAGAGGAUAGAGAACAAGAUCAGUCGUCAGGUAACUUUCUCCAAGAGAAGAAAUGGUUUGCUCAAAAAAGCUUAUGAACUCUCGCUUCUUUGCGAUGCUGAGGUUGCUCUUAUCAUCUUUUCUAGCCAUGGCAAGCUUUUCGAGUUUAGUAGCAUUGAUAUGAACAAUAUCCUUCAGCGGUAUCGACAAUGUUGCUACAACACACAAGACGCCAACAUUCCUGAGGAAGGGUCACAUAACUUAUACCAAGAGGUCUCCAGGUUAAGGGCAAAAUGUGAGACUCUUCAACGCUCUCAAAGGAAUUUUCUUGGAGAAGAUCUUGAACCACUUGCAUUUAAAGAGUUGGAGAAGAUUGAGAAACAGCUUGACAAAACUCUUUCACAAGCUAGGCAAAGGAAGACACAACUGAUGUUUGAUAGAAUGGAAGAGUUACGCCAAAAGGAACAAGAGCUUGAAGAGGAAAACAAACAGCUCAAGACCAAGCUAGAGGAAGUUGUUCCGCGUCUCCCAGCUAUUCAAGGUGUAGGAGACCCUAGCAAGGCAGAUGGAUAUAAGCAUUCUGAACCUCUACCCACUUUACAGAUGGGGCACCAUCAAUUUGUUUACCAAGAACAAGCCUUUGAUGCCAGGACUAACAUUCCAGGAAAGAGCAACCCUACUCCAAGAUGGCUCUCGUGAAGUAUUAUAAGUCCUUCGAGUGUGUGUAUGAUGAGUUAUUAAUGGGUUCCAAGAUGUCUUCCAAAAUUGUUGAUGUUUGAUGAAC